UCCUGCCGGUUCACUCCAAUAUAAAGGAGGAACGAUGAGCGCUCCAUCUUGCCAUGAUCCUUGGCACAGAGACAAUUCACUGCCUUUUCAUGACUCUAGACAAUCUUCUUGACUUUAUAUAAUCUUGUUCUUAUCCCGCCUUUUCUACUUUAUCUCUUCCUCUCACGACAUGAUUCUCUACGCUUUCCUUUGGCUCGCCUCUCGGACGUAUGGUGGGCGCACAUGUAGCGGCGUGGCAUAAAGGAAUGUACUGUUUAAAUGGUACCGUGCCAGGUGUCAAUAACCAGAACACCGCUGACGCCGUCCAACCCUUGUAUCAAUUAACGAAAGACCAAUGGUGGUUUCAUCACUAUAAUGGGUGCGACGAAUUCCCCCCAGACGAAGGCGACUUUCUAGAACUACCCGCCAAUGGCCAAUUCACCGUCGAACUGGCUGUGAACCGCGCCUUCACCACCUUAUCCUACAACGGUGCCGGCAUAAAUGACUUUGGAGACGGACAAGCUCACCCAGAGUUCUACCGGCAACGGACGGAAUGCAUUUCACAACCCAACAUUCACACGCAGAACGAAUCAAUGGCUGCAGGAACGGCCUUUGCUAUAUCCUAUAACUCAGACAUUGCGGAUGUUACGCCAGAGAAUCUUGUCGUAUUCACAGUCUUGCAACAUACUCCUUGGAAACGAGUGGCCACUUAUAAGGUACCAAACCUUCCAGCAUGUCCACCCGGCGGUUGCAUAUGUGCUUGGGGAUGGGUACCCAAUGGUUGCGGAACACCCAACAUGUAUAUGCAAGGCUUUAAAUGUAAAGUUACCGGUAGAACAGGUAAUGCCGCUCUAGCAACGGCGAAACCUCCAGUGUGGUGCGAAGGCAGAUCGUCCAGUUGCGUAUCAGGCGCCAAGCAAAUGAUAUUUUGGCACCAACUCGAUGGCAACAAUAUUGAAGUCAGCGGUUACGAUAGCGCGGGCAGUCCAAAGAGUCCUGCUUAUAGUACGAAAUUAGGCUGGCAGAAUGGUGCCCAGACAGAUAUAUUCUUAAGUGCCGGUACUGCAACUUCUUCGGAGUCUGAAUCCAGUGGGGCACUCGGCGUGUUCGACGUCCUCCGCAAAGCCAUUCACUACAUUUGCAUAUUGUACUUCUUCCCUAUCCUCAUGUACUAAUCUUACACCGAUUCCCCCUACAUUUUUACAGGAGUGGUCGGACAUUUCUCAAUCUUUGUUAUAGAUGUGUUCAUGUUACAUUAU